AUGUCGACAUUUACACCCCUGGGGCUGAUGUUUGUAUCAGGGGCUAAUGGUGCACACAUUUACGCAGACAAACAUGGCGUCUUUCAACUCGUGCAGAGCAUGGUGUCCAGUCUGAUUGUCGACCAGCCUGGAGACCCGGUCCUCCACCUGAUCAGUUUUCUGCAGAGGAGUAAUCAGAGCAUUCCCAGGGUCAUGCUGCUCGGCGCCCCGGCGGUUGGGAAACACACUGUGGCCAAAAAACUGAGCACGGAACUGAAUGCCGUUCAUGUGACCGUCGACACUCUGAUACAGGACCAAUCAGAGCUGGGGGAACGUGCUCGUCAGUACAGACUCAGACAGCAGGAGCUUCCCGUCGACCUCCUGGUUCAACUGGUCCAGCAGAAACUGAAGGAGGUCGACUGCUACAACAAGGGCUGGGUGUUGGAGGGACUCCCACAGACUCGUGUGCAGGCUCUGGGUUUUCAGCAGGCCGGGGUCAUCCCUGAACAUGUUGUUUUCCUCGAAGCUCCUGAUAACGUGUUGUUGGACAGAAGGAAAGGGAAACUGAUCGACCCUCUGACUGGAGAUGUGUACCAUCAGACCUUCAUCUGGCAAGUUGACAGCGUCGUCGCUCAGCGACUGGAGAAGGACCAAUCCCCGUCGGAGAAGCAGCACGUGGCCGAACUCCAGCGUUUUCGCUGUGAGGUCACAGGUCUGAAGGCAGCCUAUCAGCAUGUCCUGAAGGUCGUCAACAGUGACCAACCGCAUGAUGACGUCUAUCAACAAGGUGCAAUAAAAAUAAAUACCAACGGUUCAAUCUGACAACGGUCGUAAAAACUGAGCGAACACAAACCGUCCGGUUGUUGAUCCUCCAAUAUGCAGAUGAUACGAUAAUCUAUGUUUAUGCUU